CUCGUUCACUUUGAGACACGCGUGUCCGUCCCUCACAAGGUGAGCGAUCAAGAUGUCCUGUCUGUUAAUCAUCUUUGUGAAACACAUGUCCACAGUGUAAUUCUACCUGCCUGAGGUCUUUUUUAUUUCUCCUUAUAUCUUGAUAUUGACAAAGACAGCACACAUUAUUAAAGCUAUCAAAUGACAGGCUGGCAGAUUCUGGCUUUCCUCAGUGGCCUAGCCGGGCUCUGCGCCACCAUCGCCGCCACGGUGUCCAAUGAGUGGAGGGCCACGAGCCGAGCAUCCUCGGUCAUUACAGCCACAUGGGUGCUCCAGGGUCUGUGGAACAACUGUGCUGGGAAUGCCAUUGGAGCGCUACACUGCAGACCUCAUCUUACCAUCUUCAACCUUGAAGGUUACAUCCAGGCUUGCAGGGGACUGAUGAUUGCAGCCAUCUGCUUGGGUUUGUUCGGUUCCGUGUUUGCUCUUGUAGGAAUGAAAUGCACCAAAAUUGGAGGAAGCGACAAGAACAAAGCCAGGAUCGCCUGCUUUGCUGGUGUAGACUUUAUUCUCUGUGGCAUCUGCUCACUUUCUGCCUGUUCUCUCUAUGCACACCGGAUAACAACUGAGUUUUUUGACCCGAUGUUUAUGUCUCAGAAGUAUGAGCUGGGAGCUGCUCUCUUCAUCGGCUGGGCCGGUGGUAUCCUCUGCAUUCUGGGGGGCAGUGUCUUCUGCUUCUCAGUUGCAGAUUCUUUUUCAAGAAGCCACAGUCAGGCAAACUAUAUCUACAGAGGCGCUGCCUCACAUUCACACAUCACCGCCUACACAAGAGGGCAGACGAAGCCUGUAAAGGAAGGGCAUGCUGCAGACAACAGCAGCUCCUCCAGGGUGCAGCACUUUGAUAAAAAUGCAUAUGUGUAAGGGAGGUGAAUCCAAAUCUUUUAAACCUAAAGUCGUUGGUGGACUUUUAGGAGUUUUACCUUCAGCAUGUGAGAUGUGACAACAGCAGCAGUGGGGUUCAGUCUAAUAGCAGCUGAGGUCACGAAAUAGAUUUGUGUUUCACCUGUAUUUCAGUUUUAAAUUUUUAUUUUUUUUUUUUUUUUGUCUUCAAGGCAAAGUACUUUAAAGGUUUUCUGACAUAGUUUACUCAAUGUUUUCGUUCUGAAUAUAAAAACAUGAAAAGUGUGGACCAGGAAUGAGCUUGUUUGAUCAAAUAUGGUCAUAAUUCUCUGUGUAUUUCUAUGAAACUUUUGAAUGUAUGUUACUUUUAUUUGCAUUUUGGUUUAGUUGCUUGUACCUGUAACUGUAUCAAAGCCAUACUGACAAAUUUAGAAAUUGUAACAUUUGAUACAUUUGAACAUUUGUCAUUGUGUAUUUUUAGUUGUGUUUAUAUCAAAAUAGAUUAAAAAAAAUAUUGAGAUCUGA